AUGCCCUCGUGCAGACUAGUCUGCUGUCUCUGCAAAGCUCUGAUCGCAGAGCGAGCUAUUUGUGACUCCAGUCAUAGUGACCACGUUUCGCCACGGCAAGACACCCAAUCUGUACGGUUGAAACAGGAUGCCUUGACCCGCCAGAGCAAAUCAUCGCUUCAUUCUUGGGCAGAUACGGUACCCUAUCCAUGUACCGAAGCACGUGCAUAUGUAACGCGUCUUGACAAUCGCCUUUCAGGUGAUAUCUGCAGCAAAGGCUCAUACGAGCAGGGUGCACUGACGGCAAAGCUGGUGCUACCUUGCCCGUGGGCAAGUUGCUCCUUUUGGCAUCAGCUGAAACACCAUCCGAUGUUUCCGAGAGAUCAGCCCACCAGCAAUGUCAACCCCUCGCCACACAGAGUCCAGCACCAGGCGCCUGAUAGAAAUCGCCAAUUCGAGCUCUACACAGAAACCUUUGAACACCCAAGAAAUAGAAGAGACCAGAUGGGGAAGUCGGAAGGCGCUGCGCAGACAGGGAGCUCUCGGCGCACUGCUAAUGGAUACAUCCCGAUUGAGGAUUAUGGCCUGAUUGGUAACAUGCGUACAUGUGCCCUAUCUUCUACAGACGGAAGUAUAGAUUACAUGUGUUGGCCUUACUUCGACUCGCCUACCGUGUUUGGCCGUAUUCUGGACAAGGACAAGGGCGGCCAUUUCACCAUAUGCCCCACCAAUUACGAUCUGUGUACCCCCAAGCAAGAUUACCUUCCAGCAAGCAACAUACUCCAGACGAGAUACCUCAAAGAAGAAGGUGCACUAAAUGUCGUGGAUUUCUUUCCACGACCUAAUAAUAGGAACCUGGAUGCCGAGUACCACGCAAACGUCAUCAGCAGCGACCACACUGGCAAGGUACCCGACCGACCCGAUCUCAAAAAAUGGCUAGUGCGGCGCGUGGAGUGUAUACGUGGUUCAAUGGAUGUAAAGGUCGUAGUGUCCCCAGCAUUCAACUAUGCGCGAGACAAGCACACCACGGAAAUAGUCGACUUGAACACGACGGAUCAUGGAAACGGUCUUCAAAGAGCCAUAUUUCGUUCCCAAGAUCUGGCCCUUGAACUCAACGUGACCAUCGACUGCGGCGAUGAAAAAGAUCAGACUUGUCCGAUGGUAGUGUUUGAGAAGUCUGUCGAGCCUGGAAGCCUUGGUGAGGGUAUUACUGCCACAUUUCACCUGGAGGAAGACCAAGCUGUAUCAUUCGUUCUUCGAGCUGCUGAGGAUCAUAGCCCCGAAAGAAUCGAUACUGUGCUGUUAAACGACCUGCAGCGAAACACGCACCAAUACUGGGCACGAUGGAUCGAUUCUGGACGAUAUACAGGACGUUGGUCCGGGUAUGUGAUGCGGAGUCUUCUGUUACUCAAAAUGCUCACCUUCGAGCCCAGCGGGGCUAUUGUUGCCGCACCCACGUUUUCUUUACCAGAAGAGAUUGGUGGUGUGCGCAAUUGGGACUAUCGGUAUUCCUGGGUGAGGGAUGCGUCCUUCACAAUCUACAUCUUAUUGCGGCUGGGUUUCAGCCAUGAAGCUGAAGCCUACAUCAGUUACAUCUUCCAGCGAGUGAAGGAGACCAAGUCAAGAGGUAGCCCACUGCCGAUCAUGUUCACCAUAUGGGGUGGUACAGAUAUACCAGAAGUUGAGCUUGCCCAUCUGGCAGGCUACAGGGACAGCCGGCCCGUACGAAUUGGGAAUGGCGCUGCCUUCCAUACCCAACUUGACAUAUACGGAGAAUUGAUGGAUGGCAUAUAUCUUGUGAACAGAUUCGGCCAACCGAUUACCUAUGAUCAAUGGUGUCUUGUACGGGAAUUGGCCGAUUAUGUCUGCACCGUGUGGCAGGAGCAAGACAUGUCCAUCUGGGAAGUUCGAGGAAAGAAGCAGAACUUCGUCUAUAGUAAGAUGAUGCUCUGGGUUGCACUCGAUCGCGCGCUACGCCUGGCAGACAAGCGGAGUUUUCCUUGCCCCCAUCGAGGAGAGUGGUAUCGAGUUCGCGACGAGAUCUACGAGGAGAUCAUGGAUAAGGGCUACAAUUCGAAUCUGGAGUGCUUCAUCCAGAGUUACGAGUCGAACGAGGUGCUAGAUUCGGCUGUCCUGGUUGCGCCUUUGGUGUUCUUCAUAUCGCCAACGGAUCCUCGGUUCUUGAAGACGUUGAACCGCAUCUUGAAAGCCCCAGAGAAAGGAGGACUGACAAGCACAGGUCUUGUGUAUCGGUACAACAAUGCAGUGAGCGAUGAUGGCGUUGGAGGCGGACGUGAGGGUGCCUUUAGCAUGUGUACCUUCUGGCUUGUUGAAGCACUGACGAGGGCGGGUGCGUACGACGAGAAGUAUCUCUUGCAGGCAGUCAGUAUUUUCGAGAAUAUGCUCAGCUUUGGCAAUCAUGUGCAUAUGUUCUCCGAGGAGAUUGCGCGGUCCGGAGAGCAACUUGGAAACACGCCACAAGCCUUCAGCCAUCUAGCUCUGGUCUCAGCCGCCUUCAACUUGGAUAGGACACUAAACUCGCGCAAGAAAUAG